AUGGACGAGCUUGCCGGAAAGAUUGCCUUCGUGACGGGAGGUGGCUCUGGAAUCGGGCUUGCAUUCAUCAAGCGCCUCUCUCAAGCCGGGUGCAACACCUUCGUCGCCGACCUGAGACUUCACCCCGACGCGAAAGCAUGGAUCGAGUCGCUGGGCGAGCAUCACAGCACGCGCUUCCGACACUCUCCUGUGGAUGUAACCGACUGGGAGCAGCUGGAAGCAGCUUUCAAGCAGUGUCGUGAGGUAUUCGGCGUCCCCGACAUUGUUGUUCCUGGUGCGGGAGUCUACGAGCCCAAUUCGAAUUCGUUCUGGGAAGACUGCGACCACGACUCUCACUACAAGGUCCUUGAUAUCAACUUGAUCCAUCCCAUCAAGAGCACUCGCAUUGCUAUCAGACAUUUGGUGGAAGCGGGAAAAAAGGACGCGGUGAUCCUCCAUAUCUCGAGCGUCGCGGGCCAAAGAGCAAGCGUGGUUACGCCCUUGUACACUCUAUCGAAGCACGGCAUCAAUAGCUUCGUGAGGAGCCUUGCGGAUCUCCAACACAUCGCUGGCAUUCGAGUGGUCGCCGUUGCACCGGGAAACGUCGGCACGCCUUUGUGGACGGAACAUCAGAACGCUAUGAAGUUCCUCGACAUGUCCACAGACUUCCUCCUCCCUCCAGAUGAUGUGGCUCGGGCGAUGCUGGCCUUGGUCACGGACAAGAAAUACGUCGCUGGCACGGUGUUAGAGGUGUGCGACACGGACAACUGGCGUGAGGUUGGCCUGCUCAACGACCCAGGUCCACGGGGUUCCGCGAGCGUGACGAGUCGCAAGCAUGAGGGCAUCAUAAGCAUCAUGCCUUUUUUGACCCAAGCAUCCGAGCCAGCGAAGCUUCCGCAGUCGUAG